GAUGUUGCUAUGUGUUAAUCUUUCAGAGAAUUUGUUAGUCUAGUUGUAUACAACUGACUUCACUCUACAAAAUGAAGAUUGCAGUUUGUUUUUUAGUAUUUUGGCUGAAUCAGUUUUUCACAAGUGGGACCAUUAUUUGGGGACAACAUGGUGCGGUCAGGGCUAUAAAUGACACAAUGAGAAAAGCCAGAAGUGUGAACCUGCCAGCACCAAUUGACUGCAGGCUAACGCCAUGGUCAUCUUGGUCACCCUGUGGUGCUUGCCAGACAAAAGCGUUUCGAUUCAGGUCCCUAGACAAGCCAUCCCAGUUUGGGGGGACGGAGUGUCAGGAAAGCCAGUGGGAUGAGAAGUUCUGUCCAUCAGGAGCAGUGUGUCCACUGCAGAACCAGUGUGGGGAAAUGUUUUCCUGCAAGCAGACAGGGAGGUGUAUAAGUCAGCAUCUCCGCUGUAAUGGAGAGAUGGACUGUCAGGAUGGAACGGAUGAAGAGGAGUGUGAGGAUGUGGAUGUGAGGGAUAACAAAUGCUUGAACCUCUUCCCCAUCCCCGGCUCUGAACGAGCCACUCAAGGCUACAAUGUGUUGACUGGAGAUUUUGCACUGCACGUCUUGGACCCAGUAUACUAUGGCGGGAUCUGUGAAUAUGUCUACAAUGGAGAAUGGAGGAAACUCACAUAUGAUGCUUAUUGUGAGAAUCUUUAUUAUAAUGAUGAUGAAAAGUACUACCGGACACCAUAUAAUUUCCAUUCAUAUCGAUUUGUGGCGCAGGCAAGAUCGGAAGCCUCCUCAGAGUACUUUGAGGACGUGUCAAGUUUUCUCAAUGGCCGGAAAACUUUGGAUUCUUAUAAAUGGGGACUCACUGUAGGAAUAACCAAAAAAGGGUUCGGUGGAGAGUUAGGCAUUUCAGGGAAUAAGGAGUCUCGGUUCCUCCACAACAUAUCACAGUACGCAAGUCAGGAUGUGGGUGUGGUGAGACUUGUGUCCACUGUGCAGACAGCCCAGUUUAAGAUGCGGAGCAGGGACUUGGUUUUGGAAGAGAACAUACUGCAGUCUCUUAUGGAGCUGCCGGAGGAGUACGACUUCGGCUCGUAUGCCCAGUUUUUCCAGGAGUACGGCACCCACCACAUCACCCGUGGCACCAUGGGGGGAACGCUGGAGCAUGUGAUGAUUGUCAACAAAGAGGCCAUGAGGAAAUCUGAGGUGCAUUCCAAAAUGGUCCAAAAAUGCCUUGGGUUGUCCUUUAAACUGAAGUUACCGACAGAUGCUUUACGUGACAACCCAGUGAAGGGGAACAUCACCUUUUGUAAUAAGAUAGGCGAAGUGACUCAGAGCCGUGGGUCAUCUGAUAGUUUAAUCAAUGAUGGGUUCACACUGGUUAAAGGGGGAACGGAUCCUGCCGCAGCAGGCGCCAAGAUCAUCGAAGACACAAGCGCUCUCAAGAAGUGGGGCAAAUCUCUCAAAUACAGUCCUGAUCUUAUUGACUUUGAGACCUUACCUAUGUAUGAGCUUGUGCGCCUGAGCACUGCAGCCGACCAGGCCAGGACCAGACUUCCGCAUCUGAGGAGGGCCUGGGAGGAGUACCUACAGCAGUAUAGCCCGUGCCGCUGCGCCCCCUGCAGGAAUAACGGUGUCCCUGCACUCAGCGGCACCUCCUGCAGCUGUGUGUGCAAGUCGGGCUAUGGGGGAGAAGCCUGUGAGGAGCUUCAGAGACCAGAUGCUCCCAAGCAAGAUUCUGUUGAUGGCUCCUGGAGUUGCUGGGGCAGCUGGUCCUCAUGCCAAUCAGGCCGAAAGACCCGGAGACGAGAGUGUAACAAUCCCAAACCAGCAGGGGGAGCCCCAUAUCUCGGUAACUCUGAGCAAACCCAACCCUGCUGAGAAAGAAGGAAAGCAAGAAUAGAGAAGCAAAGGACAACAGCUUGGACCAACCCAAGCAGCUGCAUUCAGAAAAUGCAUUUCAACCAGUACUAUACUCUCUUCUUCUUAAAGCUUAUUCUACCACAUUUUCCCUGAGAUUCUCUAUGUAACACAGCUUUUCCUGUGUGCUGCUAUGAUUCAAGCUGCAAAUGUUUGUUCUUUGGCAGUGCGACUGUUGAGAGGUUAUAGGCUAUAUAAUAAACUGAAUAAUGAAGUAAUGAAGGAAA